AUGGAGCCCAAGCCCAUCCACCGUCUCGCCGAUGAGGUCGUCAAUCGCGUCGCCGCGGGCGAGGUCAUCCACCGGCCCGCGUCCGCGCUCAAGGAGAUCCUCGAGAACUCGCUCGACGCGGGCGCGACAUCGAUCGUGGUUACGGUGAAGGAUGGCGGCAACAAGCUGCUGCAGGUGACGGACAACGGAUGCGGGAUACGCGAGGCGGACCUGCCCAUCCUAUGCGAGCGCCACACCACGUCCAAGCUGUCCAAGUUCGAGGAUCUCAGCGCGAUGUCCACCUUCGGGUUCAGGGGCGAGGCGCUCGCGUCCAUCUCUUUCGUCGCGAACCUCACCGUGACCACCAUGACCAGGGGCGCCACGCACGCGCUCAAGGCGUCGUACUGCGACGGCGCCCUCGACGGUGGCGGCGCCAGGCCAUGCGCGGGUAACCCCGGCACCACCAUCACCGUCGAGAACCUCUUCUACAACGUCCCCACCCGACGCAAGGCGCUCAAGUCCCCACACGAGGAGUUUGCCAAGGUUCUCGACGUCGUGCAGCGAUACGCGUCGUCGCGAACGGACGUCGCCUUCACGUGCAGGAAACACGGCGAGGCGAGGCCGUCGCUGCACUGCGCCGUGACCCCGCACCGGAUCGACCGGCUGCGUGCGAUAUACGGCUCUCAGGUGGCCCGCGAGCUCACGCCGAUGACGCUGACUGGCGACGCGGACGGCGACGGCGACCGGGCGGCUGAGUACAGCGUGGACGCCCUGGUGUCCACCGCGGGCUACCACUCCCGCCGCACGACGUUCAUACUUUUCAUAAACGACAGGCUGGUGGAGUGCGCCCCGCUGCGACGCGCGUGCGAGGCUGUCUACUCGGCCAUACUCCCAAAGGCGGAGAAACCGUUUGCGUACCUAUCGCUGCGGCUCCCGCCGCACACGCUGGACGUCAACGUGCACCCGACGAAGAGGGAGGUGGCGUUCCUUCGGCAGGACGAGGUGGUGGAGCGCGUGCAACGCGCGCUGGAGCGAAGGCUCGUGGAGGCGAACGGGAGCAGGACGUUCGCCGUCGGAGCCGUCGUCGGGACCGAGGAGGCUGAGCUUCGAGGGUACGACGUCGGAAACGGCGGAGACGGAAAUAUCUCGGAAAUUUCUCCGGAGCUUCCAGACGGGGAGACCACGGAGCUCACGUCCGUGCGCGAGCUCUGGUCGGAGAUCACCGCGAACGCGCACGUCGCCCUCCGAAGGGUUCUCGCGGGUCUGACGCUCGUUGGAUGCGCGGACGAGCGCCGGGGGCUGUGGCUCCUGCAGCACGGCACGAAGCUGUACAUGGCGCGCGUCAAUCGGCUGGCGCGCGACCUCUUCUACCAGCGCGUCGUCGCGAGGUUCGGGCGACACCCGUGCCGCGCCCUCGCCGAGCCCGCGCCCAUCGCGGCGCUCGUGCGAAUGGCCCUGGACGACGAGGAGGUUCCCGAAGGCGUGGAGAAGGCAAAGGCGGAGGAGGCCAAGGAGAAAAUCGCAAACGCCGCCGCCGCGCUCGUGGCGGAAAAGGCUGAGAUGCUUCGCGAGUACUUCGGCGUCGACGUGGACCAACGCGCGCGGACUCUCGUGGGCUUACCCGUGCUGUGCGAAGGUCACGCGCCGAACCUCGCGCGGCUCCCCGAGUUUUGCCUAUCCCUGGCGCACGAGGUGAACUGGGAGGAGGAGAAGCCGUGCUUUGAGACGUGCGCCAGAUCCAUAGCGUCGUUCUACUCGGGCCACGACGACGAAGACGUAGACGAAGACGCCGAAAACGUCGUGCCGCCGGGGGAGGCUAUCCGGCACGUGCUCUUCCCGGCGAUUGCCAGGAAGCUCGUGCCGACGCGGGCGAGCGCGAGCGACGGGACGGUGCUGCAGGUGGCGUGCCUCGAGCAGCUGUACCGGGUGUUCGAGCGGUGCUGA